AUGUCCUCUAUUCUAUACAAUCUGGAUGACGAGCUGGAUGACGAGCCGGUUGACGAGCUGGAUGACGAGCUGGAUGACGAGCUGGAUGACGAGCCGGAUGACGAGCUGGAUGACGAGCCGGAUGACGAGCUGGAUGACGAGCCGGAUGACGAGCUGGAUGACGAGCCGGAUGACGAGCUGGAUGACGAGCCGGAAAUGCUUGAUAGGAUGGGCAAGACAAUAAUAUCUUCUUAG